UUUUGAUUUUUGCACAUAGAUUAUCUGUUUUUGCAAGUAUCCGAAAUUUGCAUGAAUGAGCUUUUUUCUCCAUUGGCAGUUAGUUCAAAAACAAUUUUUUUUCUUGUAAAUCCAUCUAAAUUAUUACAUUUUUAUUCAAAAAUUUAUGCGCUAAAGUUUGUUAUGGCACAAUGUUUAGAGGUAAUCUCCUUGACCGAACGUAAUUUCCAUAAUGUAUCGUUAAAAAAUGCACAUUAUUAAAUUUUGAAAUGUAAAAUAGAAGUUUGGUUUGACAAAGACAUUCGAUAUCGAAUUAAUGUACAGUUGAAAGUAUCGUUUUCUUAACUUUAUGAUAGCACUCAAGCUGAUAUCGAUCCACGUGUUCACGUAAAAAAAAAAACGAUAACUGUGUAUUUUAUAGAUGAGCUGAUUCUCCUGGCAUAUAAACCCCUCGUUUUGACUUAACUUUUGGCCAGUGUCACUUAAAUAUUUGAUUGAAUAAUCGAAAAGUCUUUUUCACUUUAAGGCAUUAAAUAAAAGAUAUUUGCUGGAUAUUAGUGUUAAUGAUUAUCAGUUGUGUUGUUUGUCCAUCCAUAACUAAUUUCUAAGAAAUCACAAACUCUUUAAAAUUCUAAUCUUCGGUUUUUAAUGCUAUAUUUCUUUUUUCAUUUUCAUAAAUACCUUUGAUUACUAUAAAACUCAAUUUCCAUGAAUGUUUCAUAUGAUUCUUAAUUCGUGGUAGUAUUAUUGUCAGCUUUUACAGAAACAAUCUCAUUUGUAAAUCACAGGAAUAAAACAAACUUGAAUCUGUGAAAAAUAUUUAUCUUACCAAACUUUUGAAUUUACUGCUGUAUGAUUCGUCUAUUUCGAAAUUUUUCACAAAGUAUUAUAAUUAGGUAAACAAUUUUUAUCUCUAGUUUGAACUCUUGAUAUAUUAUUAGCUGUUUUUGCUUUGACUACUGUUUAUACGUUUGUCCUUUUUCAUUAUCUCAAAUAAAAACUCAAAUAUCGCACAUUUGCUUAAUUUGCUGAUAAUUAUCUUAAUUUUGUAGAAGUUGACUUUUCAGUGAAACGCAAUUAUCCAGUAAAAGCUUUCUCACUCAUGUAAUUGGCUCAACUGACUGAUUCAAAAAGUCGACCUAUUUAAUUCCGCAUGAUACGUAUCGUCAGUCUGUAUUGACGCGGUGAAAAUACGAAUGAAGACUGCGUCGUCACGUAUUCCGAAUCUCUUCCCUCAGCUUAUUUAUGACAUUCAACUAUUUGGUUUGUUUGUCUCAAAAAUAGUAAGUUUUUAAUUUGAGAAAUUUGCCUUUGUCGCUUGGAUCCCACUGAAAAAAAUACCAACCCUGUAAUCCAUUGAUAUACUUUUAUUUUAUUUCAUUGUCGAGCAUGUUAUUAUCGAAAAUAGCACGAACCGAAAAUCGUGAGAAUUCAAAUCCAUAUACGGCGCAAAUAAUACGUUCACUAUCGAUAUUUUUUAGCAAACGAUUAACAUUUUUUUUAUCUUGAAAUUCGGCGCCUAAAAGAGAUUCAACUCUAUUUACCAAUCACGUGAAUAUCAGAUGUACGGUGGUUAAUUAAGAGUUAAUAAUCCAAUGCGUACAAAUUAGAGAGAACACAGAGGUACUAAAAUUUCGUAACUCUUAUCAGAGCAAAUAUAUAUGCUGUGACGUACAUGUUAUUUCGCACACAAUUACGUAGCUAAAUGACUUACUGAUUUAUAGAAAUCUGCAGGGGUUCGUAAAGUCAUUUAUCAUUUAAUGUGCGUUACGAAGAUACCUUCGCAAAUAGCCCAUUGCUAUAGUAGAUAGACCAUUUCUAUUUAGAUAAUAAUUCAUUCAAAAAUAUGUGGACGAAAGCAAAAGUUAACGUUCAAUAUAAUUUCACUCAAUUGAUCUCAUCUUCUUGAAUUGAACGUGUGUGUUCGGGUCAUGUAAGACACAGAGAUAGUUAAGUUGGCUUUGGAAAAGCCGUUAGACAUCAGCGUUUUUUCACGCGCAACGCGGCACAUGACACAUUAUAACACUACGUCGUCAAGUAAAAACUAUGAAAUGGUUUUAUUUGCAAUGUCACAUGAAAAACCGACGGUGCGAAAUUUCGAGAUGACAGAGUCCAGCUUGAUUAGAAGGCUGAGUUAUUUGCCUUCGAUUUAGCUAAUAAAGAUAAAGGGGAAGUCAUAUUGCUAAGAAGAAUUUAUGAAACGUCAGACGGACGGCUGUUUGUUGGGCAAACAACGAUAUUGUACCGUUGAGGAGAAGAGGGUCUAAUUGAAAGCGGAUUAGCGCACCUAGUUGGUCGUUUGUCGAGACGUCUAACCACGCGAUCGGCGUAUCUGCGGCUGCAAUCAGCGUGAAAUGUCGCUGUUUGCGCUGGAGCGCCACGACAAACAAGCGCGCGACGCGCGCUCUCUGUCUCUGGCCAAACGGAGGUGUUCUUUCACGCUGAUAAUGCGCUACGGAAAAUUAAUUUAUGCCCGCGCGGCGUCUCGUCGGUCGCCUGUAUAAAAUCCGCCUCGGGGCCCUACCGCCGAGCAAUACCGAUCGCUUUUCCCGGCUCUACGGGGCUCAGUAGCCACCGUGUGCAAGCACACACUCGAUUUGCCGGUGCCUUUACGGAUUGGCAGCGCGCUCUAGUCUUCUCUUUUCCUUUCGUUUUCUAAAAGAAAUGAUACGAGCGGCUUGACAGGGGGAAAGUUUUCUUUGUUCGCCCUAUCUGCCAUCUGCAGAUUUGGUACUUUGCGAAAUCGUCGGUGUUGCGGCAAGUUAAGUUUCAGACUGCAGGUGUAAAAAUGCUGAUAGUAUGCAAGAGUUACUGUAAGUAUUUUCUUUCUUAAAGCUUAUGCCAUUUUUUUUAAAUGUUACUAUUCAAAAACGAUGAAAUUAAACCUUUUUUAGUUUAUCACGUAUCGUUUCUAUUUAUAGUUACAGGAAUUUCACAAAGAUGCAUCUUCACCAUAAUGGCCUUCUUCGGCAUUUGGAUAACGCACGCCAUCCGUGUGAUUUUAUCGAUCUUAAUAACAGAAAUGGUGCCGCCACCGACAGAAUCUUCAGAUUAUGCAGCUGACAGUUGCGUUGAGGUCGAGGAGAAAUUGGUUAGAAAUGUUACAUCGUCAAAUAGCAAAGUCUACAAUUGGGACGAGUACACGCAGGGUUUGAUCUUGUCAUCGUACUUCUGGGGUUACGCAGCGACGCACUUUCCCUUCGGCUCCCUGUCCGAGCGCUUUGGCGGCAAGCACCUUCUAGCCUUCGGUAACCUACUACCGAGUAUCUUGACAAUCUUAAUACCAUCGGCUAUAGAACUGGGUGACUCAUCGGCAUUGAUAACCUUGAGAGUAGCUAUGGGAGUAAUCAGUAGCUCAAUGUACCCGGCUAUGAGUACAAUGAUAGCGCAAUGGGCAACGCCAGCUGAGAGAACGAAAAUCGGUUGCAUAGUAUUCGCUGGAUCAGUCGUUGGUACAAUCUUCGGUCUCACUCUGCCUGCAGUGAUAAUACAUUACACGAGUGUCGGCUGGCAAGGCGUAUUUUACAUUUUCGGUGCGAUUGGUAUCAUUUGGUUUCCACUUUGGAUGUUGCUGUGCUACGAGAGUCCAGACGUACAUCCAUUCAUCUCCGAGCCUGAGUUAGAAUACUUUCAGAAUAGUACGCUUAACAGGAAACAGAAGAAGAUACCUCCAGCUCCUUGGUCAUACAUACUUACCUCGAAACAGGUGUGGGCGUUCGUUCUGGCGAUGUUUGGCCUCGACUGGGCAUACUACACGAUGGCCAGUGAUUUGCCAAAGUACAUGAAUAGCAUUAUGAAAUUGUCGAUCGAAGAGAACGGCUACUUGUCGUCCUUGCCGUACCUGUGUAUGUGGAUAAAUUCUAUCGUCAGCUCGUGGCUAAUAAACAAGAUCACCGAGAAGCAGUGGAUGUCGUUGACCAAUGUCAGAAAGCUAUUCACGACUAUUUCGAUGACUGGACCAGCAUUCUUCAUCAUGGCAGCAUCGUAUUCCGACUGCCAUCGACUUUGGGUCAUCGCGAUGAUUAUGAUUGGAAUGAUGCUGAUGGGGUGCUCGUAUCCAAGUGUCGUGUUAAAUAACAUCGAUCUCAGUCCAAAUUAUUCGGGUACACUGAGUGCUUUCGGCAAUGGGGUGGCUGCUAUUGGUGGUGUUCUCACUCCUUAUAUCGUUGGAAUAUUGACACCUAAUCAAACCAUCAUGGAAUGGCGCUUGGUCUUUUGGAUUGUGUUCAUUGUCGCGGCGAUUAGUAAUCUGAAUUACUUGAUCUUUGGGAGUGCCAAAGUUCAAGAAUGGAACGAUCCCGAAUUCCUUAAGAGACAGAAGACAACUGCUGCAAGUGAAAAGGCUGCAAUUCAACAAAAAGUUUGAGUGAUGAUGAAAACAACUGAUUUAUAGACCAAUUACUUAAUUUUUUUCGGAAUAGUGACUAAAAUAACUAUUUUCUGCAAUUGUACAAAUAUUAAUUUAAAAGUUGAUUUUAAAUUAGACUUUAAUAUUUAAUGCGCGACGACUGUAUAUAAAUGUAGUUAGAAGUCUCGCGUUCGAUAGGAGUAUUAAGUCUUUCUUCUUGUGUAUUAUAUAUUCUCCAAUUGAGCGCAGACAUUUUAAAGUUUCCCAUUUUUCUUUUCGAAACAGUAUUUCAUGGAAUGCGUGUACCAAUGUAUGAAUGAUCAAAUUGUAUAAAUGAAAUGGAGUAUUCAAUUUUGUAAUUGUCGUUAAUAAACUAUUAAUUUUAUUUAUAAUUUGACGAAUUACUUCAUUCGAUCUCACCUUAUACCUCAACCAUGUAAUAAUGCAAAUGUAAAUAAUAUAUCUAACUUAUAAUUUUUUUUCAACAAAGUAUAAAUACAUUAUCAAUUUUUUUUAAUAACGUCCAAUUCUUUUUCGCAUUCUGAUUGACAAGCCAAUUAUAAUUGUCCGUAACAUCAAAAUUAAAUUUCGUUUGUUUUAGACUAGUAGUUUAAAAAAUUUCUUUUGCAAUUUGCACGAUAUAUUUUUAGAAGAAGAAACAGAAACUUUCA